CUUUGAAGUUGUGUAGUUUCAGGAAUCAUAUGAUGGAAAUUGGGCAAUAGUCUUCCAAAAGCGCUCUGUUACAUAUUUAAAAGGCGUUAAGUGAUUUAUUAGCACGACUGUAAUACAGUAACGCCAAAACAAGGACAAUAUGCAACACGAUGAGGUGAUUUGGCAAGUCAUUAAUCACGGGUUCUGUUCAUUUAAAGUAAAAACUACGACUCAGAAAUUUUGUAGAAAUGAGAAUAAUGUUACAGGGCUGUGCAGCAAACAGGCUUGCCCAUUGGCAAACAGCCGAUAUGCUACAGUUAGAGAGAAGGAUGGUGUUUGUUAUCUUUAUAUGAAAACAAUAGAGAGAGCCCAUUCUCCUGCCAAGAUGUGGGAAAAAGUGAAACUCUCCAAGAACUAUGAGAAAGCAUUGGAACAAAUAGACAAAAACCUAAUAUACUGGCCAAACUUUAUUAUACACAAAUGCAAGCAGAGAUACACCAAAAUUGUACAGUAUUUGAUAAGAAUGCGGAAACUUAGACUCAAAACAAGUAAAAAGCUGGUGACAAUCAACAAGAAAGUUGAAAGAAGAGAAAAAACAAGGGAGCAUAAGGCUUUGGUUGCUGCACAGCUCGAAAAUGCUAUAGAGAAAGAAUUACUUGAAAGAUUAAAGAAAGGAACAUAUGGAGAUAUUUACAAUAUCCCAAGCACUGCAUUUGACAAUGCCUUAGACAAAGAAGAGAUAGAGGAUGAAGAGGAGGAAGAACUUGAAGAAGAAGAUGAGGAGGAAGAGGAAGAGCCUGAGUUUGUGGCUGAAGAUGAGGUUGAUGUCAGUGAUCUAAGUGAUAUUGAGGAUUUCCAAGUUGAAGAAGGUGAACAAGAAACAGAGAGUGAAGUUGAGGAAGAAGAGAUUGAAAAACUCCCUACAAGACGUGCAGGACGUAAAGCAAGAGUAGAGAUUGAAUAUGAAGAGGAAAGAGAACCUAAAAGAGCUAAAUUAAAAGCUUAAUUUGUACAGGACUUCAAUUCAGAUAACUUAUUUUUAAUAGGAUCUCAUCAAAGGGAUGUCAGACAAUACACAUUCUUGAUUUAUAUAAAAAAAGAAAGUGAUUUGUAACCCUUGUGGUACCCCAUCUUUGUGGUGAGUUUGUGAGAGGUAAUAAGUUCUAAUAA